AUGACGAAUCGCGUCCUAUUGCAAAUUACUGUGUCACAUACUGACCACAGUCGUCUAAUUGGUCAUCGUGGUGAUAAUAUUCAAGCAGUUAUGAUGGAAACACAAUGUCACAUACAUUUUCCAGAUUCAAAUAGAAAAGUUUUUGCUGAUAAGAGUAAUCACGUAUCCAUAUCUGGCCAAUUACAGAAUGUUGAAAUAGCUAGAAGAAGAAUUAGAGAUAAGCAACCAAUCACAUUCACGUUUGAAAUACCUCAUUUAAACCAUGAACAGUUAAUAGCUAAUCAAAAUUCUCCAUUUAUUGAAAAUAUGCAACGAAUAUUCAAUGUACAAAUUGUUUUCCGUAAUAAUUAUCCCCUCAAUAACUGCAAAAGUAUAAUUAGUGUUAAAGCAUCAGCAAUCAAUUCAAACAGUAUUAAAAAUGCUGUAAAUGUUCUAAUGGAUAGAUAUUUAUGUGAGAAUAAGGAUACUUCAACGGUUGACACUUACAUGCCUAUGGAUUCUUACAAUUCAUCUGUAUUAUUCAACGAAAUUUCACAAGUAGAUUUACAGCAAUUGGUUGACAAGGAAACUGGUGCCGCAAUACAUUAUAUUUAUUCUUGUUCUUCUUCGACUGCCUUGCCCUACACUUUCAGUUCAUUACUAUCAUCUUCAUCCCUACCAAUAUCAUCAUUAUCAUUAAAUCAACAACAAUAUUAUCAAAUCACUAUAAAUUCUUCAAAUAUCAAUCAGAAUUCAAAGAUUUUAAUACUCAACUUAAACAACAAAUAUUCACCACCAAUAAGUCAAGUUAAUAAUAAUAAUGAAAUAAAGUUGAGUGAAAUUUACAUAUACGGCAAAUUGAAUAGUGUUUUUUCAGCUAGACAAUUGAUCAUGAAUUUGUUGCCAGUUGUAUUGAUGUUCGAUGUGAGUAUCACAGAAGGUGAAUGGCUAAGAAGUUUGAAUCUAACCGAUUUAUGUCGUUCCUAUGAUGUCAGUUUGGCUAUUCGUCCUACUAAAUCAAGAGAAUUUCGGAAGACUGUUGUGAUAAGAACAAGAGAGAGAAAUAUUCGUUCAUUGUAUAUUAUGUGGCAAAGAAUACAAGAGUUAUUAUUACACUAUGCAAAAGCAAUCGAGACUAGCAUUUAUGGUUCAAAAUGUUUAAAUUCAGUGAGCUAUCAAGUUAAUUCAGGUGAAUUAUGGCCGAAUGAUAUUUUCAAGUGGAACAAUGAAUACAAAGAGGUAGAGAGAUUUUCAAAUAGAAGGAGAAUAACUUGUGAUGAUACACAGGGUUAUAAAACAAUCAAUCAUGAUGAGAUGAACAAAGAGAACAUGAUGUUCGCUUCUCCAACUUUAUCAUCACAUUCAAUGAAAGCAACAACAUCAAGGAAGCCGUUUGGCAAUACUAUUUGCAGUAACCAAUUAGGUGGAGCAAUGAAUUCCUAUCAUCAUCAUCAUCAUCAUCAUGAUCGUGAUCAGAAGGAUCGUCUGAGUUUAAUGGAUUAUGAAUCGAGUGCAGAAUUGAAAUUGAAAUCUGACAGUAUUGUGACCGAUAACAGUAGAAUAUGGAAAGGAUGUGACGAUUUAAGGGAACGCUUCAAUAUACAAACAAAUGAAAUUUCUGAAGAAUUUGACAGAAAAGAGGACGAAAAAGCUGCUUUAGAAGAAGCGUUUCCCGGUGAUGAUGAGCUGUCAAACCUCUCUUCCCUUGUUUUAUUUAUUUAUCCUAAAAUGGCGACUUGCCAAUUAUGUUGUUUGCUAGAAAAUUAUUGA